CUUUGACAGGAGGGACGGAGCACCUGUAACUGAGGCGGUGCAUCUCAUCCUUUCCCUCGAAUGUAAACAUAUCUACCUGUCUGCAGAAAGUCUCUCCGCCCGUCACACUGGGAUCUACGGAGGCAAGUGGGGUGCCAGUGUCGGCCAUGAAGCUGGUCAACAGAGGAGGAGGAGGAGGAGGCGGUGGAGGAGGAGGAGCAGGUGCAGUUGGAGGAGAGAAGUCAGCGUUUUCCUUCAAGAAGUGCUCUCCCUUCCAGUUUGUGAAGAGGAAGGUGCGAAGAUGGAUGAGGAAUCCCAAGGUGAGCGUGGAGAAGGUCCAGGGCAAAGGUCUCAUCUGCCCAAAGUGUCCCUUCUCUGACGAGCUGUGUUACACACACUUCCCCUCGCCGUACGCCUGUUGCCACUACGCCGGCUUGCACUGCGCCAACCGCUACCAUGCCGAGCCGCCAUUGCCGUGUUCCACCAUGAGAGAACAAGCCAAGAGUCCGGACAAGAGCAAAGGCUGCAAGGUCAGGAAGUGGAAGAUGCUUUCUCGCCAGAUGAAGGAGUGUGAGCCGGAUGUCCGCCUGGGUUGCUGUCAGUCUUGGGGGAAUCACUGCUCGCCCUUCCUGGCCAGCCCAGUCAUUGUGGAGUGCUCCAUAUGUAGUGGCCCUUACAUCAGCUACGCCCUGGAGGACACCUGGCAGCCACGCCAGCGCACACAGGCCAUGGACCUUUACUACCACAAUGAGUCAGACCCGGACAGCUACUGUUGCCCUGGCGACAACGCGUUCAUGAAACAGAGGAAGAUGGGAUUGAACGACUUCAUCCAGAGGCUCGCUACUAACUCAUACGCCUGCAAACAUCCUGAAGUGCAGUCCAUCCUCAACCUGAGUCCCCCACAGGAUGCUGAGCUGAUGAACGCCAACCCUUCUCCUCCUCCCAGCCCGACCCAGCAGAUCAACUUGGGCCCUUCAUCUAACCCCUCGGCCAAACCCUGCGACUUCCACUUCCUCAAGGUCAUUGGCAAGGGCAGCUUCGGCAAGGUGCUGCUCGCUCGCCAUCGCGCCGACGACCAGUUUUACGCUGUCAAGGUCCUGCAGAAAAAGGCCAUCCUCAAGAAGAAGGAGGAGAAGCACAUCAUGUCGGAGAGGAAUGUGCUGCUGAAGAAUGUCAAGCAUCCUUUCUUGGUGGGGCUGCACUACUCCUUCCAGACGGCCGACAAGCUCUACUUCAUCCUGGACUACAUCAACGGAGGCGAGCUCUUCUACCACCUGCAGCGAGAGCGUUGCUUCCUGGAGCCCAGAGCGCGCUUCUACGCCGCCGAGAUCGCCAGCGCGCUGGGCUACCUGCACUCCCUCAACAUCGUCUACCGGGACCUGAAGCCCGAGAACAUCCUGCUGGACUCGCAGGGUCACAUCAUCCUCACGGACUUCGGCCUGUGCAAGGAGAACAUCGAGCCCAACGGCACCACGUCCACAUUCUGCGGCACGCCGGAGUAUUUAGCUCCUGAGGUCCUCCACAAGCAACCGUACGACCGCACGGUGGAUUGGUGGUGUUUAGGAGCCGUUCUCUACGAGAUGCUCUACGGCCUGCCUCCCUUCUACAGCCGCAACACGGCAGAGAUGUACGACAACAUCCUGAACAAACCCCUGCAGCUGAAGCCCAACAUCUCCAACGCGGCCAGACACCUGCUGGAGGGUCUGCUGCAGAAGGACAGAACUAAGCGACUGGGCUGCACCAACGACUUUACUGAAAUCAAGAACCACAUUUUCUUCUCGCCCAUCAACUGGGACGAGCUCAACGCCAAGAAGAUCACACCUCCCUUCAACCCCAACGUGACGGGCCCCAAUGACCUGCGACACUUUGACCCCGAGUUCACAGACGAGCCGGUGCCCAGCUCCAUCGGCUGCUCGCCAGACAGCGCCCUGGUGACGGCCAGCAUCAAGGAGGCCGCAGAGGCCUUUGUAGGCUUCUCCUACGCCCCCUCCAUGGACUCUUACCUAUAGGACUACAACACCUGAACUCAGGAUGGAUAUUUUGUUUCUUAGUGUGUAAAUAUUCCAGCGUCUACACCCUGCUGUCCAAGGUGGAACUUUAUAUUCCGUUACACGCACAAAUACCGAACAAGUCGAUCCCUUUCAGGCAGCGGCACGUGAAGUCACUAAGUACGUACUCCUUCAAACCAUCUUCAUCCUGGUCCCAACUUCAUUUUGGUGCUUUCUGUUUUCAUGAAAAGGGAGUCGACUCAAUGUUACAGAGCGGAUAUUUUGGUUUGCCCUCCUCAAGGUGCCUUUUUGUUCUGCCAUCCGCAGCCUCGGCGCCUCACGCCAGUCACUCCCUCCCGCCCCAACUUUUCAGACUGCAGGUGGGGGGAGACGCCACCAGAGGACACUGUAGAUCAGAGACUCACCAGACGUCAAUUGCACGCAGAACAGAAAUAAUGCUGAUAGCCAGAGAGACUUGCUGCUACUCGUCAUAGGAAGUGUUGCCAAUAGCGCCCCCUGAUGUUUUACUUUUUUUUUUUUCCUGUUUGUCCCCCCCCCCCACCCCCGGGCUAUCUCCCUCAAGUGGAACAUUCCAUUUUAAUAUUGCUGUUGAAUACUAUUUAAGUUUGUAUAGUUUGUGUACUAGUUGUAAUGUAUAUUGAUGUAAAGACAACUAAAAAAGUAUACGUACUGUAGAUAUAGAAAUUAAUGUUUCAAUGUACUGUAAAUUGUAAAAUUGUUUCAAGAUUUACGUGAGCCUGGCUGGUUUGCAAUAAAAGUUUAAACUUUCUACUACA